AUGGCUUCAACAACAACGGGAAAAAUUGCUGAAUUUCGUCGUUUAUUAUCUCGUGCUCAUUCAGUUCUUGUAUUAACCGGGGCAGGAAUAUCAGCUGAAUCUGGUAUUCCAACAUUUCGUGGAGCUGGAGGACUUUGGAGACAAUAUAGAGCUACGGAUUUAGCAACUGCAACAGCUUUUUCACGUUCACCUUCUCUUGUUUGGGAAUUUUAUCAUUAUCGUCGUGAACUUGUUCGAACAAAACAACCAAAUAAGGCUCAUAUUGCAUUAGCUGAAGCUGAAGCCAAUUUUGAAAAAAAAGGAAAACGAUUUAAUGUUAUUACACAAAAUGUUGAUGGGCUUCAUCGUAGAGCAGGAACUAAAAAUUUAAUUGAAAUGCAUGGUGACUUACAUUACACUUAUAUUUUUGUUAAACAUAACUAUUUUUUUUAUAUUAAUUCAGGAAAUCUUUUUAUGGUUCAAUGUACUUCAUGUGGUUUUAUUGAAGAGAAUAAUUCAAGUCCAAUUUGUGAAUCAUUAAGAAAUCGAGGAUUACCAGAUGAGAAUGGUCCUGAUAUUGAUGAAAACGAUCUUCCUCGCUGUAGAAAAUGUAAAUGUCUUGUUCGUCCUCAUAUUGUUUGGUUCGGUGAACGUAUUUGGGAUGAUGUUUUAGAAACAAUUGAAAAAGAAAUUCAAUUGUGUGAUUUAUUUCUAGUUGUUGGAACAUCAUCUGUUGUUUAUCCGGCAGCUGGUUAUGCAUCAAUUCUUGCUCAGAAAAAUAUUCCUAUUGCUGAAGUUAAUGUUGAAACAACACCUUCAACUUCUAUUGCUACUUAUCAUUUUCAUGGUCCUGCUGCCCAACUUCUUCCUCAAUUGUUGUUAAGUAAUAUUAAUGAUGAAUAA